AUGUUGAAGCCCGUGGCAUCGUCUUCCUCGUCGGCCCGGUUCUGGGCCGUCAUCGCCGCUGCACUGAUCUUGUGUGCGGCCAACGUUGAGCUUGUCCAUGGAGGUGGAAGGCCUGUGCCUAGACCUCCAGCUCCGGUAGGGCAUGUGGCUCCCAAGGAGCACUGCCCUGACUGCAGCGACAACCCGCCACCGUCGCCGCCGCCGCUUCCUCCUACUCCUCCGGCAGCUGCAGCAGGCGUACCUCCUGCUAGCGGCCAUGUGUGA